AUGCCGUUUGGGCUAGCCAACGUGCCAGCUGUGUUUCAGUCAUUCAUUAACGAUAUCUUCAGAGACAUCUUGAACCAGUAUGUUAUUGCCUACAUUGACGAUAUCCUGAUUUACUCAAAGUCGGAAGCUGAACACAUUGAACAUGUCCAAAACAUCCUCUCUCGUCUUAAGCAUCAACUCUAUGGUCUGCCAACCGCCAUGGAAACGGCUCGAGCCCUGUUUCACCAGGUUUUCCGCAUCUAUGGUUUACCUGAAGACAUCGUCUCUGAUCGGGGGACUCAAUUCACAUCUCAGGUGUGGAAAACCUUCUGCCGACAGUUAGACAUCAAUGAUAUCAACCUCCUUUGUUUCCGUGGUCUGGCGAACCUUCCUCUGUUCCUGUGGUCAACGACUGGAUACGUCGGAGCGAGAGGGUAUGGGAUAGCGCUCAUAUCCAUCUUCAAAGAGCCGUACGAAGGCAAGAACUCCAGGCUAACCGAAGACGGCGCCCACAUCCUCGCUACCAACGGGACAGAGUGUCUGGCUCUCUACGAGGGACAUCAAGUUACGUCUGCCGAGCAGGAAGCUCAGCUCAAGGCUAUAAAGAGGAAACUAGGCUGUGAUGGCCUUCAAGAGCCCUGUGGCCUCAAGCCUCACUUCUGUGCUGCUGGUUUAGUUGCCUUCAAUCUGCUGGAGCAGGGAAAGAAUGCUGUUAAAGGACUUUAUAAUCACAGUGACUGUGGCCAGUUGUUGGCAGUAAAGCACCAAAAGCCGUUUUCAAUCUCAGAAGAAGAAGAUCUGAAAGUUCGAGUGCUCAUUUCGAUGUUCAUCAUGAGAGAGCAGGUGGAUGUGAUCUGCUGUAAAUCAGUAGGAACUGAUCUGUCCAUGCUGGAUAUUGAUGAUUUCAUCACAGAAAUCUCUCAGCUGAAGAAAGAGGUGACGUCACUGAAGACAAAACUGAUGGAGAGAGAUCUCGUUUCACACUGUACCUGUUUAGAGCGAGUUAAAGUUGAGAUUGAGCUGGAAAAUGUUUCCUGUCAAUCUUCAGUGUGUGUGACUGAUGGGACCUCCACAGAAUGUCAGGAUUCAGUGUGGAGCGGCAGAGAUCAGUCCACACCACAGCGGCUGCUGGACAAACUCUCUGAACAGAGAUCCAGAGACACACAGGACUCACAGCUCACUUUACUCUGUUCUACUGAUGCUCAGGAGAGUGUGUGUAACAGUAAUAAGUGUGUUCAAACCUCCACAGAGUCUCUGACUUCUGUCUGUAAUGCUGGAGAACAGCAGAUACUGCAGACACCAGUGAAGAUUGAAUUGAUGCAAAAGGAGAUUAAAGAAGAAAACACAGCAGAGGAACAAUGGAGUGGUGAAGAUGAUCAUGAACAGCAGAUGCUGCAGACACCAGUGAAGAUGUGUUCAGUGAAGCUGCUGGACUGCAGGAACCUGAUGAAGAUGAGAGUGAAGACUGAAGUGAAGCAGGAGGAGAUAAAAGAUGAAAACACAGUGGAGGAACAACAGAGAGAUGAAGAUAAUCAUGAUUUUAUUCCUUCAGAGCUGAAUGAAGUGGAGGAGAAACUUCAGGAUCAGAAACAUCAUGAUUUCGCAACUGGAGAAAAAUCUCUGAGUGGCUCAAAAACUAACAAGAAUUUCUCACCAGAAAAGAAUCAAAGAAGAGCAGCCAAAAAUACUUUCACCUGCUCUCAGUGUGGAAAGAGUUUCACAUAUCAAUGCAAGCUUAAUACACACAUGAGAGUUCAUACAGGAGAGAGACCUUACUCGUGCCAUCAGUGUGGAAAAACUUUCACUAUUAAAGGACAACUUAAUACACACAUGAGAAUUCAUACAGGAGAGAGACGUUACACGUGUCAUCAGUGUGGAAAGAGUUUUGCAAAUGUAUAUUAUUUUAAAGAGCACCAGAAAUCUCAUACUGGUGCAGGCACUCAUAUGUGCUUUGAAUGUGGGAAGAUCUUUACUACAGCCAGCAACUUGAAACAGCACCAAAGAAUUCAUACUGGAGAGAAACCUUACAAGUGCUCACACUGUGAAAAGAGUUUCACUCAAUCAGAACACCUGAAAACACACGAGAGAAUCCAUACUGGAGAAAAACCUUAUAGGUGUUCACACUGUGGAAAGAGUUUCAAUCGGCCAGACAGCUUGAAAACACAUGAGAGAAUCCAUACUAGAGAAAAACCUUUCAAGUGUUCACACUGUGGAAAGAGUUUCACUCAGUCAUACAGCUUGAAAACACAUGAGAGAAUUCAUACUAGAGAAGAAACAUACAUUUGCUCACACUGUGGAAAGAGUUUCAAUGGGUCACAAAACCUAAAACAACACGAGAGAAUUCAUACUGGAGAAAAACCUUACAAGUGCUCACACUGUGGAAAGAGUUUCACUCAGUCAGACAACUUGAAAAUACAUGAGAGAAUCCAUACUGGAGAGAAACCAUACCACUGCUCGUCAUGUGGGAAAAGUUUCAGAGCGUCAAGUGUUCUAUGGAAACAUGUAAAAAAGUAUUGCCCAGGUAGUCAAAGUGAGCAAAAAUCAUCUUCAGGUCCAACAAGAUCUUGUAAAUAUUGUGCGGGAAUGCACAAAUCAUCUGAUACACUGGCUCAAGGCACAGAGCAAGAGGAGGUUGUAGCUGGGCUUCCCUGGUCACGUCUAGGAUGUCAGGAGCCUGACAGUCCACUUCAGUGGUCGGACUCUGAGCAGUGUGAUUCCAAGUCUGCUAUUCUCAAGAUGGAAGCUCCACAAGAAGAUGAGGUCUACUAUCAAAGACCACAGAGUUCGUACAGACAGAGUUUUCAUGCUUCUCAGGAACUAGGGUUCAUGACUUCUCCACAUAGAGGCAUUUAUGACUCUGCCCAGCUUUACCCAAUGCCAUGUCAGCCACUCAGUACACCCCUUCUCGAACAUGAGCUGACAUAUAGAGGCCCAACCCCUACGAUUCCAGACUUUGUACAUCCUAACCCAAGAGAGUUCUCUCAGUUGAAGAUCGCUCUGAACAAUGUCCUCUCAGCCAAUGCCACUGAGAGAUUUAAGUUCCAGAUUCUCACAGAUCACCUUAAGCUGCUUGGGAAGCUGCCGCAUGACCUAAGAUCCAACUUUCAACGGUUCGCACACCCACACAGAGUUCCUAUCCCUACCCUCUUGGAUCUCUCCGAAUGGCUUGAGUACGAGAUCAAAGUACUGGAAGAUUGCUCAAGCAUGAAAGGUGCAGAUGGCCCAGAUGUCACCCCAGAUCAAGCCAUAUCAACCAACUCCUGCCAGUUCAACACUAUGAAUGAAAUUCUCCUCAUUCACAAGCCGCCCACCAGUCGGAAAGUUCUCCUGAAAAUAAUCAAGGUGAUCCUCAAAAGUGGGAAACGGAGAAUGAUUGCUUACGCCAUCUUGGAUGAUGGAUCUGAAAGGACUAUCCUCCUCCAUGAUGCAGCUCAGAAGCUUGGCCUUAAGGAGCAGCCUGAAGAUUUAUCACUUCGCACUGUCAGAAGCCACAAAUACUACUCAUCAAGCUACAUAAGGCUCAUCGAAUCACUCACUGCAUAUUUUGCCUUAACCCCUGAGUCUUUGACCUGCUGUAAAUCAGUAGGAACUGAUCUGUCCAUGCUGGAUAUUGAUGAUUUCAUCACAGAAAUCUCUCUGAAGAAAGAGGUGACGUCAUUGAAGACAAAACUGAUGGAGAGAGAUCUCGUUUCACGCUGUACCUGUUUAGAGCGAGUUAAAGUUGAGAUUGAGCUGGAAAAUAUUUCCUGUCAAUCUUCAGUGUGUGUGACUGAUGGGACCUCCACAGAAUGUCAGGAUUCAGUGUGGAGCGGCAGAGAUCAGUCCACACCACAGCGGCUGCUGGACAAACUCUCUGAACAGAGAUCCAGAGACACACAGGACUCACAGCUCACUUUACUCUGUUCUACUGAUGCUCAGGAGAGUGUGUGUUACAGUAAUAAGUGUGUUCAAACCUCCACAGAGUCUCUGACUUCUGUCUGUAACGCUGGAGAACAGCAGAUGCUGCAGACACCAGUGAAGAUUGAAGUGAUGCAGGAGGAGAUUAAAGAAGAAAACACAGCAGAGGAACAAUGGAGUGGUGAAGAUGAUGAUGAACAGCAGAUGCUGCAGACACCAGUGAAGAUGUGUUCAGUGAAGCUGCUGGACUGCAGGAACCUGAUGAAGAUGAGAGGGAAGACUGAAGUGAAGCAGGAGGAGAUAAAAGAUGAAAACACAGUGGAGGAACAACAGAGAGAUGAAGAUAUUCAUGAUUUUAUUCCUUCAGAGCUGAAUGAAGUGGAGGAGAAACUUCAGGAUCAGAAACAUCAUGAUUUCACAACUGGAGAAAAAUCUCUGAGGGGCUCAAAAACUAACAAGAAUUUCUCACCAGAAAAGAAUCAAAGAAGAGCAGCCAAAAAUACUUUCACCUGCUCUCAGUGUGGAAAGAGUUUCACAUAUCAAUGCAAGCUUAAUACACACAUGAGAUUUCAUACAGGAGAGAGACCUUACUCGUGCCAUCAGUGUGGAAAAACUUUCACUACUAAAGGACAACUUAAUACACACAUGAGAAGUCAUACAGGAGAGAGACCUUACACGUGUCAUCAGUGUGGAAAGAGUUUUGCAAAUGUAUACUAUUUCAAGGAUCAUCUCCUCUUGCACUCUGGAGAAAGACCAUUUGAAUGUGAUCAGUGUGGCAAAACAUUUGUUUUGGAUUCAGGUCUUAGAAAACAUCUGAAAACUCACACAAAUGAGAAGCCUUACAAGUGUUCUUUCUGUGGAAAAAGUUUUGCACACCUGAACUAUUUUAAAGAGCACCAGAAAACUCAUACUGGUGCAGGCGCUCAUAUGUGCUUUGAAUGUGGGAAGAUCUUUACUACAGCCAGCAACUUGAAACAGCACCAAAGAAUUCAUACUGGAGAAAAACCUUACAAGUGCUCACACUGUGAAAAGAGUUUCACUCAGUCAGAACACCUGAAAAAACACGAGAGAAUUCAUACUAGAGAAAAACCUUUCAAGUGUUCACACUGUGGAAAGAGUUUCACUCAGUCAUACAGCUUGAAAACACACGAGAGAAUCCAUACUGGAGAGGAACCAUACCACUGCUCGUCAUGUGGGAAAAGUUUCAGAGCAUCAAGUGCUCUAUGGAAACAUGUCAAAAAGUAUUGCCCAGGUAGUCAAGGUGAGCAAAAAUCAUCUUCAGGUCCAACAAGAUCUUGUAAAUAGUUGGAUAUUCAGAUAACUAAAAGACCUUUAUAGCACAUGUACAGUACAAUACCCAGAUGUCUAUUUGAUGUGUGUUUACAUCUGGAAGACAUAUUUUUUGGUUUGUUUGUUCAUCUGUAAUACGUCUAUAAGGCGUUUCUACUUGGAUGUCAAUAAGACAUUCAGCAGAUGUCUUUGAGAUGUUUGGGAUUUAGAUUAUUUGAUCUUUUUGAGAUGUUUAGCAGUUGUUAAUUUGAAUGUGAUGCUUUCCAGAUUAAAAAAAAGAAUCUAUGUACUAUUUAGGAUGCAUCUCCUGUGACCAUUUGUGGAAAAUCAAAGGACAUUUAAGGAACAUCUUUGUAUUAAUUUAGGAAACUUGUUUGUGUGUGUGUGUAUACUGUAUAGUACUGUGCAAAAGUUUUAGACACUUAAGAAAAAUGUUGUAGAGUAAACAAGGAAGUCCACCUUGAUUGUGCUGCCCUAGACGACUGGCUAGUUCGCCUAUGCCUAGAAACGGCCUUGUAUAAAAGAUUAAAAAGAUUCAGUGGCCAUUCUUGAUAUUACACUUUCAUUAUUAACAGUUUGCAUAGUGCUAGCGGAUAUUUCAGAUGAAUAAAACUAUUAAAUAAUUACAGAUGCAUAAAUAUUUGCAAAACUACUAAAACUCCAAUGUAAGUAAUGUUACUUAACCAAUCUGAUGUAAUUGGAUGAAUUUUUGUUGCAUAACUGACAAGAGACGGAGAUGUCGGUUGAUGUUCUCUCCAGUUUGGGUAAGGUCCCAUUAGUUGCCAUCAAUGCCAUGGCAGCUCCAUUGCCACCAGUGCUAUACUGUAUGCUAAAAACACAAGUUUUAUUUAUAUAGCAUCUUUCCAAAGCUCAUGAACCUUUACAAACAUUAUUUCCAUAUUUUUCCAAGUUGUUUAUUUUCUGUGAUGUAAUAAGUAUCUUACCUCAGAAAAACGAACUCUCCUGCCAGUCGCAGUACAAGUAAAAAGUGUCUCAGAAAUAUGCGUUGUCCUGUUUACCUGCUGUCCAACGAGAUUCUGUCAGAAAUCAUUGUCAAUAAACAUUGGAGCGAGUGCACUAUUGAG